AUGUUAGAAUUGCAGAGCCUUUAGUUUUGUGGAUCUCCUGAAAUGCACUUGAAAUAAGGAAACUCCUAAACUGUUGAUUUUUAUUGUUUAAGUGUUUUCCUUUAUGAAUUACUUGCAGAUCACCACCUUGCUAUUCAACAGACACAAAUUAAAUAUAUUAAGAUAUUUCUCUCCUAUAAAUUAAGUUUUCCUAAUGAUGUAAUAUUUUUCAUUAAAAUCAAGUUUAAUUUAUCAAAGAGUUUGAAAGUUUGCUGAUACAAUCGCUAGAUAAAAACGUAAGGCAAAGUUUAGGAGAUUCUGAAGGAAUAUAAGAGAUCUUUCAACAUUCUUUUUUUGCUUAAAUUGACUUUAAAUUACAAAUUCCUAAAAGGUUAAACCUCCAUUUCCCCCAGAUCCUUAAUAAAUGAAUUUUGUUGAAAGGAAUCAUAAAAAGGAGAAUAAGAUUUUAAGAAAACGAUUGCUUCAGAUAAAGGUGCAAAUUUACCAGCUAUUUUGGGUCAUCAUUUUAUUAUGAAUCUUCCUAAGUUACUUGGAUAAAAUCAGUCUAUAAAGAGUGGAUUGCACACAUUAAUUUAUAAACCAAUACUCUUUGUAUGACAUCUUACCAUAGUUAAGGAAGAUAAUUACUUGUUUUCUAGUAUUUUAAGAUCAACUAAAUCACAGGAUAGUGUCCCUUUAGGUUAAUCCGUCAAGAAUAAUGCUAGAUCUUGCUAAAUUUUAAAUUAAAUAUAAUAAUCAUUAAAAGUAGAUUGUUACAAUCAUCUUUAAAAUAAUAAAUUAGGAGAGAAGGUACUUUUCAAAAAGUUUGA